AUGGCAAUUGAAGCAAAUGACGAUGAAAUACUGAUUAGGAAUGUGAGUGUAAUAACGAGGAAAGGACGUGCAAUGUUGAAUAGAAUCAAUAUCAAACUAACAACAAAGCAGAAUUACUGCAUAUUGGGAUUGGAGAAUGCAGGAUUGUCUGAAAUAGUGAAACUACUGGAAUUUACAAUUCCAUAUACGUGGAAAAUAAAAGGCGAAAUGGUCUACAACAGCGAGGAUAUGACAAGGAUGACGUCUUUUGCAUUAGUCGGCGUCAUAAGAUACAUUCCACAAAUGGAUGCUGAAUUAACAGUCUACGAGUUGCUACAGUAUUAUUUAUCAUUCUACGGGGAAGAAAACAGGAAAUAUUUCAUGGGAAGAAUAGAAGCAGACGCAAAGAGAGAAGAAGAGACAAGAAGUCUGAAGGCCAAAGAGCAAAAUGUGUACAAAUAUGAGAAAUAUAGAGAGAGUCAGAAAAGGGUGAAUUACACGUGUACGGAUCUAGUAAAGCUGGAAACCAAUACGACUGUUAUGGUGAGCUACACAAGAAGACUGGUUCAAUUACUAGGAAUGGAAGAAAUCUUGUCGACCAAAUACAGAUUCCUGAAACUAUUUGAUAGGAUUAGAGUACAGCUUAUGAUAGCAAUGGUCUUAAGACAGACAUUCAUAGUGAUAGAUGCGGUAUUGGAUGAGUUAGAAGAACACGAAUUUCUUAGGUUACUUAGAAUUAUGCAUUCAUUACAAGGUGAGUUUGGAGUCUCAUUCAUUUUCACAUCGAGCAUGUUUCUAGAAAGCAGGUUAGAUAUGCUUGAGGAUAAGAAUGUACGAUUGGUGCUGCUAUGUAAGGGAUCUAUUGUCUACGAGGGUAGAUACGAGGAUAGUAAGACAUAUUUCAAAGAGUUGAGUCGAUGGUUCAAGAUGGAGAAUGAAUUUGAGUGUAACCAGGGAAAUAAGAGUAAUAGAUUCAUAGAUCAAUCAACUAAAGACGUGGCAACACGAUUUGGAGGAAGAGCUAAACGCAUAAAUGACAAAAUAAGUUAUUCAGGUGAAUAUCCGGAAAAUAGACCAGAAUACAAACAUGGGCUUCUUAAGCAUGCAAACAAGGAAGCUGAAUUCCUAAGAGACCAAUUAGACGUAGACUUCACUAACCAAUACACCGUGCUUGAUUCAAUCAAGAGAUACGCAUUCUAUAUCCAGAAAUGGAGCAAGAAGUCUGAAGACUUGGCCAUCAACAACUAUUCCGGUAUUUCACUACCAAAAAAGACUGAGGAGAAUACAUCAAUGCGCUUCAUUCUACUGAUACUUGACCUGAAGACGAGACUUAAACCAAAUAUCGUUGCAGUCCACUACAUAGUCAAAAUGAUCCUGUUUGUGCUAGCAAUGCUCAUAUUCACAUUAUUAGACAAAAUACCCAACUACAAGAAUGAGAAUGGAAUGCUUUUUAUAAGGGACUAUUCAAAGUUCAAAAAUGCUUACAGUAAAGAGACUGGAAAUUUAUCAAAGGAUGAGAUCAAGGAUUUGGACAAAAUAACAGCACCAUCAAUCGAUUGGUUGUCAUUUGUGCUACUAUCACUCUGCUUCUGCAACAGCUCCACCUCAAUACUUCUUCAAUAUGAUAGAAUUCUGCAACAGGCAUAUAGGUCUCAGAUUAUUCCAUUCAUAUCAUCAGCUGGAUUCAAUGGAAUCUUCAAGUUGUUCCAAAUAACACUAUUUAGCCUACCAUUCACAUCAAUCCUCGUCUACAUGCUGGAUAUGGACUACCUGAAGACAAUUAAUCUCUUAGUCUCUCUCUGGAUAGUGGGAUUGUUGGCUACAUCAAUGGAUCUGAUGUUCGAUUGCCUCUAUUUGUUCACGAAUAGCAACAUAGUACGUGUCAUAUUCAACACCAAAACGGUGUUACUUGCAUACCUCAUACAAUACCUCGUUAAUGGAAUCAAAAUAGUCAAGAUUACAUCUGCGCCAUUCAUGCUGAUUAGAAAGGUACUGAUCUAUAGAAGAAGCAAAUCGGUAUUUCUAUACGGUGCAGUGUGCAUUAUAGCUACAAUAGUCAGCGUAUUAUUCGCUCGAUUCUGCUAUAGACUCACUCACACUCUUUAUGCAAAUCCAAAACAUAGGAGGUUUAAGCUUAAGUUUGAGAUCUAA